AUGGCGUAUCUCAACUUCUAUGCAAAAGAGCUCUCUGCUAGCGACAUAGCCAACAUGGCACAGCAAGGGAUGUGUUCAAAUAUUGCAGCUGAAGAUAAGAAAGAUUAUUAUAGAAUUAUUAAAUGGGAAGAUUUGUUAGAGCUUGGAAGAAGCGGAACUGUAACCGACUUAGAUAUUUUAACGAAGUGCCUUAAAGACAUCUGCAGCACACUGGAUUCUACUGUUGCUGGUUUGGAAGAGGAAGAACAGGAGCUGGAAGACGUGUCGAACCGGCUGAAUUCUACUCUUGCUGAUUUGGAGGAGAAAGAACAGGAGCUGGAAGACUUAUCGACCAGAUUUAAUUCUACUGUUGCUGAGCUGGAGGAGAAAGAACAGGAGCUGGAAGACGUGUCGAACAGGCUGAAUUCUACUGUUGCUGAGCUGGAGGAGAGCCAGGCCGACAAAUUUGAGAUGAAGGAGGAGCUGGACGACAUCUCCGCCAGGCUAAAUUCCACUGUUGCUGAGUUAGAGCAGGUAACAGCUAACCGAAAUGCAAGUUGGGAUUGGGAUAUAUUCCUCGCCGAGCAGUUCCUGGACCAAAACCUCACCGCCGAACAUGCUCAACUACUUCGCAGUACUUGGGAUGAUAUAGCAGAGGCGUUAGUGGGUAUCAGAAUAACGGACGAGUUUAUCAAGUUACUGAGUAGAGUUGAUCGUGUGGAGGACAGGCCAUGGUCCAUACUGUACUCGGAUAACUAUUUCGAGGCAGUAUUUACUCAGGAAAUGGCGGAGAGGCUCACCAGCAUAUGGGAUGAAAUAAGUGAAAAGUUGGUAGGAGUAACAAUGUCGAGGGGAGUGAUCGAGCUCCUCAACUACGUCACCGAGAAAGCAAAUUGUGACACGGACACUUACUCGUAGGGACCAGAUAACACUGCUGAACUUUAGUGCAGGUUCGGUUUUGUUCUAGGUUCGGGCUGGUUGCGCGGCUCAGCAUCUUACUAGUUUAUUGAUUGGAGUAGUGCAACUGAACCGAAUCUCGAUCCCAACCGAACAUGUUAAAGUUCAGUAGCGUUAUUUAACCAUCGAUAACAUUAACGGACAGGCACGGGAUAUAUUAUGGGCUUCGUGUAUCAACAUUAUUUUUAUAGAGAUCUUUUAAGAAUAACUGAUUCAUUAUUCGAAUAUUAGAUUUUUGUUUUUAAUACGUAACUACUU